UAAUUUAAAUAUAAAUUUAGAAAAAACAAAACUAGUGACAUUCUAUCAAAAAUGUAAUAAAAUUAAUAAUUUAUCUAGGACAAAAAGUCAAUACCAUAGAAAAUAUAAAAUGUUUGGGUAUAAAUGUAGAUUGCAAUUUGAACUGGUCAUAUGAGCAGUGUGUGUAUGAAAUUAAAUCGUUUUUCCUAUGCGUUAUAUAUGCUUGGAAAAGUUGUAGACACAUCCGCCGUAACGGCAUCAUAUCAUGCUUACGUUAUGUCUACACUUAGAUAUGGUAUUAUGUUCUGGGGUAAUUGUACGGACAAAGAAACUGUAUUUAAUGCUCAGAAGAGAUGCUUACGAGCCAUUUGUAAAAUUAACCAAAGUGAGAGUUGUAAGUCAUACGUCAUUAAUUUAAAAUUAUUAACAAUGCCAUGUCUAUAUAUAUAAGUCUUAUUUGUACGUCAAAACUUAAGUCUUUACAAAAUACUAAAUGUCCAGCGUCAUAAAGAUAAAUUGAGCCAUUCCAAUAGUAAGACUGUUUUGUUUCAAAAAAAUGUAUUCAGCACGGGUCCUCGUCUGUAUAACCAUUUACCUAAAUACAUAAGAGAGUCUAAGAGCCUUCACAUUUUUAAGAAACUACUAAACACAUUUUUAACCAAAAAAGCGUAUUAUAAUAUUGACGAUUAUUUGUUUGACAGUUUUUAAAUUUCAACUAUUAAAUUUAUUGAACGAAACACAACUUUAUCUAUAUUAUUUAUUAUUAUUAUUACCUUUAUUAUAUUAUUAUUUAGUGAGUUAUUAAUAUGUUAGUAGUGCAAAUAUACAAAUAGGGUUAUAUUAUGCUAAUGUAAUUAUCAGAAUUUUCCAUUUUAAUUAUAAAUAAAGUCUUGUAUUUAAGUAGUUUGCACACUGGAAGGUAGAAUAUGGCUGUAUUUUUGUUAAAUUAUUAAGACCUAUAUACCGUAAAUGAAUAAAAUGAAUUUGAAUUUGAAUUGUGAGUUAAUUUGGGUUAAUCUAUCGGUCACUCGAUGUCGUAGUUGACACUGAGGGGCAGUUUUUGUUACACAAUGGCAUUUAAUUGAGAAGUUUUAAAUAAAAGUUUAUUAGUUUUUAAAGUAUUAUAUUAAUACAUAAAAUAAUGUCUCACUGGUUUGCUCUUUAGUUUUUGCAAGUUUAACUUUUUUUAUUGGUUUUCUCACUUUUAGGAAUAUCUAUUAUAUUUUAUUUUUAAGUAGCGCCGCCCUGGUGGCAGAAAAACUCGUGGAUUGAAGUCUCUGGAAUGAAGUCGUCAUUAAUUAUGAAUAUAUAUUUUUUACUUUUAUUUUUAUCUGUUUACGAAAUGACGGGAACUAUACAUUUAAUGUAUAGUCUUAGCGUAAAUAUAAGAAAACAUUAUUAUCUGUUUUUUAUUUUUAGAGAACAGAUAAAAUAACUUUUUUUAAAUGAACAUGAAAUGAUUGUACGGUGCGCAGAUUUUGGCGGCAUGCGCAGCCGUGCCACGCCCAGCCCGUCCGCGCUGAGCGCCGCCAGCGUGGCCAAUGUGGGCCACGUGGGCAGCGUGGGCAGCGUGGCCAACGUAGUGGGGGGCGUGGGCGUGGGCAACGUGGCGGCGCGCCGCCGCAUGGACCGGCUGACGCCGCCGCCGCGCCUGGCCUUGAGUCAGGCGGGCAGCUCGGGCGCCGGUUCGAUAUCGGGCUCGGGCUCGCAGCGCUCCGCGAGCCGCAGCGCGUCGCCCAGCCCCACUCCCAACUUCGUGCCCACGCCCAACCCCACGCGCAACCCCACGCCUAACCUCGUGCCCACACCAAACCACACGCGCAACCCCACACCCAACCUCGUGCCCACUCCCAGCCUCACGCCCAGCCCCAGUCCGCGACGUCCUCGCACAGACUACUCGCUCUACAGACAACACGAAUACAGGGGGAGCGGCAGUGGGGCGGGGGGCAGCCGAAGUCCGGCCAACACGUGAGAUGAGCGACGCGCACCAACAUGGCGCACAAGCGAAAAAUUCUAAAUUGUAUUUAAAACAAGUUCAGAACCAUGAUCUCAGGCGCAGGGAAAGGGGGGGUGGGGGGUGAGAACUCGCGUGUGUAUGUACGUGCUGAACGUGAGGGGCGAGGGGGGAUUAAUGCAACAUUAAUACAUUCGUGUGUAUAUAAAGUAAUACAGUUGGUGUAAAAUCCCUUCCUGUCCACACUCGGCACAGUGUAAUAUUAAAUUUAGACAAAAAUCGGGCACAAAUUAAAAUUGAAAUUGUUUGUACAGCGAGUGUACCCGCCUCGUCGCGCCUUGUAUGUAAUUAUCUUAAUAUAAUGAAGUUCUGUAAAUAAAUAAAUAAAUAUAUUAUAUUAUUAUGUAUAGU